AUGAGCUCACAACCCUCUUUCGUCACCAUAAGGGGAAAGGCUAUCUCUCUAGAGACACAGACGGAGUCGCUCCUCUCCAAAUACUCCACGUUCGCGCAAACAACAAGCUCAGAGCAAACUGGACAAGAGAAGAAGAUAGACAAGCAAGUGGAGGAAAUCUUGGGCCAGAGACAGGACGUAAUCGAUUCGCUAACUCAGAUCUGCGAUGCGAACCCGGCAAUCUCUGCCUCAAAACUCUCGCAGCUGCAGCGUCACAAGGAGAUCUUACAAGACCACUGGAAGAGCUUCCGCAACAUCAGGUCCUCCAUCCAGCAAGAACGCAACAGGCUCAACCUGCUGUUCAGCGUGAAGAACGACAUCGCCAACUCCGCCACGGAUGCGCCAGCCCCCAUCGGCGACGCUGACGAGUACAUCCAAAACGAGACAAGGCGGAUCGACCAGUCCAACAACGUCGUCGACCGCCUUAUUUCCCAGGCCUGGGAGACCCGGUCGCAGUUCCACUCGCAGAGUAAUGUCUUGAACACCGCAAACAACAAGGUGCUGCAAACUCUGCAAAGAAUACCGGGCGUUAACCAGCUCAUUAUGAAGAUCAACACGAGGAGGAAGAAGAACGCGUUUGUAUUGGCUACGAUAACCACACUUUGUAUACUAUUUUUGUUUUUCACAUGGUAA